GCAGUGUAUUUACACACACCAUCGUAAAAUACAUUCAAUGUUUCUUAUACUGAAGAAUGCUUUAUGGUGAAUGUUUAUAUGCUUUAACUCAGUGAAGGAUUAUUAAAUAUUCAUAGUAUUGCCGCUUCUUAGUAAAUAGCAGACGUGAUGUAAAGAUUUACAUUUUUGGAACAACAUUUUAUGAGGAUAAUAAAAUAGUGUAGUAAAAAAACAACAAUGCUGCAUUAAGGAUGUUUUGAUGUGAAACACUGGCACUGCAAACAGUGAUUUUUUAGCAGUGUUUUUAGCUUGUUGUUUUUUAUGUUUGAAUCAAGUUGGUGAUUUGUUUUAUUCUUGGAACUAGGAGAACGUAAUUAUUUGCGAAGAAAAUGGAGAUCUUAGAAAAAGAUUCUUUGAAUAAUAACAAUUCUGUGAAGAAGAACGUUGUGCCACAGAUGCAAAGUUUGUCGGCGAUGUUUGACAAGGCUGGUGGAGGGUAUGACUGCCAGAGUACAAACUGUAAUGAAAAUGAUGCAUUGACAUUUAAAGAUGGGAAUCUAGUGGCUGGUUCCACUGAGGCUCUUAUUCAACACCUGGUUCCCACCAAAGAAUAUAACCCAGAUAGGACUUAUGUGUUCACAUUCUUGUUAAGUUCCCGUCUAUUUAUACGUCCCCAUGAACUCCUGUCAGAGGUGUGCCAGGUGUGCUCAUUCCAGCAGAAUCUCACCAGUGAUAAUAUACAGAAACACAAACUUGGCAAGUUUGGUCAAAAUAUUAUACAGUUGCUCAGUGAAUGGACAGAAAUGUUUCCAUAUGAUUUCCGUGAUGAACGAAUGAUGAAACAGUUGAAGGAGAUUUCACAACGAGUUUUAAAGGUGUAUCCUGAAUUACGGCAUGAUAUUGGUGCUAUCACUCAUAACUUGUUAAAUAAGUUGGCACAGUUAAACCGUUAUGAGGAUGUGCUGUCCAAACUGAAUGAUGAGGCUAUGAAACGGUCACAGACCCAGAUUGCGCCCACCACCGAUAUCCUCGAGGUGUGCCCUAGUCCACUCAGGCUAGCACAACAACUCACUCACAUAGAACUGGAACGAUUAAGUCAGAUCGGACCAGAAGAGUUUGUACAAGCUUUCUCCAAAGAAGAAGUGUCAUCACAACCUCCAGUGUUUAGAGAUAUGAAAAACACGCGGAAUCUGGAGGCGUAUGUACAGUGGUUUAACCGGCUCAGUUACCUUGUUGCCUCAGAAAUUUGCUCACAUUUAAAGAAGAAAAAUCGGGUUAAACUAGUGGAGUAUUUUAUAGAUGUAGCCAAAGAAUGUAUAAACAUCGGAAAUUUCAACUCAUUAAUGGCAAUUAUUGCUGGGAUGAAUAUGAAUCCUGUUGCAAGAUUAAAAAAGACAUGGGCGAAGGUGAACAAAGCCAAGUUUGGAAUUAUUGAAUUACAGAUGGAUCCAUCAAAUAACUUUGGUAGUUACAGAUCAUGUCUGAAGGCAGCAAUGUGGCGGGCACAAGGUGCCAGUGAUAGCAGGGAAAAGAUUGUGAUACCAUUCUUCAGUUUAUUUGUGAAGGAUAUAUACUUCCUGAAUGAGGGCUGCCCCAACAGAUCUGAAAAUGGCAAUAUCAACUUUGAGAAAUUUUGGCAGAUGGCAAAACAAAUAUCAGAUUUUGUAACCUGGCAACAAGUUGAGUGUCCAUUUGAAAAACAUACAGAUGUCCUUCAUUACAUUCUAACUUCACCAGUAUUCUCAGAAACCACAUUGUCUCUAGCAUCAUUUGAAUGUGAACUACCAGAAAACAGUUAUGAUAAGGAAAGACAUAAAAAGCUCAAGGCUGAAGCAGGGUUAUGACAGGACAAAAGAUAGAAACAGUAUUUAUUAAUCUACUGGUCAGUGAUGUGGCUAAGCAUGACAUAAAUCCUGGAACAUUGGCGAUUGGCCUUUGUGUGUUCAUAACUAGUGCUAGUGAUAGACUUUACAGGUGACUGAUGAUGCUUUAAAGAAAAGUGCUAAAACUAUGGAAGAAAUGAUGGGCAGACAGACUGGAGAACAUACAGAGGUUUUUACAGCAGAAAUCUUUGUAGUUGUUGAAAGCUUGUAUAAAGAGGAAUUGUGAUUAAGAUAGUACAAAUGAGAUAGUUUAUCAUAAAGUUUAUGAUGAUUGGUAUAUCUAGUGAGGAAUUUUUAGUGAGGAAGUUGUGCGCAUGAGGUGGCUUGGAUUUACGAUGGCAUGUAUGUUCGUAAAAGCUCACAACCUGGAGUUGUUGUUGUUGUCUUUGUUAACUGUUUAAAUGGCAAACAUUAUUCUAUAGUCAGUGUUAGUUGAAUGUAUAUAAUUAUGUAUGUAAAUUAUAUUUGUUUGUUAUUUCAAUGUUACUUAUAUAUGGACCAUAUUAAAUUAUUGAGAUUAUUUUGUCACUAUUAAUGUAGCAUGGAAUACUCAGCCAGUUUGUACUGUUUUUAUUUUGCUUGUUUUGUAAUUAUCCAUGGUGUAAAAACACUUGUUAGCGAAUUUAUGUCAGAUAAAAAAAUGAGUUUAAUUUAUUCUGAUACAUUUGUUAUUCUCUGUUUAAUUAUGACGGUGCAAAAGAUUGUUAUGUAUAAUUUGGUGCCAUAGAAUAUGUUAAAAUGUACAUAUGUACUUACAAGGGAAGUAACUGUUGAGAAACCUGUGUGAAGUACAGUACAACAGGGUAUAAAGUGCUCUCUGUUAUUAUGAUCAUUCACAUCUGUUAACUGCUCUUACUUUUUGAGGCCUCUGUAGAUAAGUUUUCUUAGGGAUAAUUGGUUAAUGAGAACACUCACAUAAUUGUCAAGCCUAAGGUCAUUGUUUGUAUUAUGACCACUAAAAAAUCAUGUUUUUUUUAUAUUCUAAGAAGUAAAUUUCUAUGUUUUGAGCAGUGGUAACUUCUCUUAUUAUUGACCUAUAAAUUUACCUAAUUGUCUUUGGUCUCUUAUGGUAUCAUUUUUAGGAUCCUGCUCAAAGCAAAAUAUUUGUACAAAGCCUCAAAAAUCUACUACAACAAGAUAUUUUGUAAUUAUUUAAUUUUCAAGAAAGAGAAACA